CUAGGCAUUCUGGGCAAUUCACUGUUUAUAGUCUGUGGAUUUGGCCGGCUUGGCAGCUUCUCGCUGUUCCGUUGGAGACCAUGGCUCUGGAGACGGUGCCCAAGGACCUGCGGCAUCUCCGGGCGUGUUUGUUGUGUUCGCUGGUCAAGACAAUAGACCAGUUUGAAUAUGACGGUUGUGACAAUUGUGAUGCAUACCUUCAGAUGAAGGGUAACCGAGAGAUGGUAUAUGACUGCACCAGCUCUUCCUUUGAUGGAAUCAUUGCAAUGAUGAGCCCAGAGGACAGCUGGGUCUCCAAGUGGCAGCGAGUUAGUAACUUUAAGCCUGGUGUGUAUGCAGUAUCAGUCACUGGUCGCCUGCCCCAAGGAAUCGUGCGGGAGCUGAAAAGCCGAGGAGUGGCCUACAAAUCCAGAGACACAGCUAUAAAGACCUAGCAAGAUGCAUGGCUGCCAGUGUCUUUGCCACUGUCUCCUGCCUCUGCUUAUUUAUUGUUGUGAAAGGAAAUGGACAGAACUUCAAAUACUCCUCACCAAUUCUGAGGCUCACUGGACUAUUGAGAGAGCAGCACAGCGUGUUCCUGGGCCAUUUUACCAUUUUUGAACUACUGGGGGUGGGUGGGAGUGGUGUGGGUUGGUGGAUUAAUAGAGUGAAUUGAGUGUGAAGUAGGAUGCUAUUUUUCCUACCCACAGUCCUGGGCUCCCUCCUUGGCCAUGGGCAGGACUCUAUCAAAUGCCAGUAAACAUUAGCCCAUAGCCCAUGACAGGUGUCUUGCCUCCUUUUCUCUUAGCUGGGUACAGUAAGAAUUCACUUGCCCUUUAGGCACCUUCCCAGAGCAACAGAGGCCCCUGCUGUCUCUGGGCCUCCAGGGUUGCAGCCUUUGUGGUGUGCUUCCUUGGGUCUCAUUGGGAGGUCUGUCUGGAGUCUAGGCAAUCCCAUCAUCCUGGUAGUCCUGGUAUCUGGGGGUUGCCACCUUCUGCCCUCUAGACCUGGCACAACAGGUGUCCCUUAAAGAAAUACUGAGACUUAAUAUUCAUUACCAUUUGACCAGGUUUAAUACUUUUUUUCCUUUCUUGUCUUUUUUCUUUUUACCGCUCUUCCUAUACCUUAGGCCAGCCAGUGGAACCCAUGACCUCCCUUUCCCUCAGUUACAUUCGAUCACAUUCCCCUAACUGGGGACCCUCAGAUGGCUGCUGGGUCUUUGUCUGGCUAGUUUGUAUCUCCAUAGGAGGUGGGCUGCUCCCUUUUCUGGCCUAGUAGGGGGCCUUAAAUAAUGUCAUGUUAUUGGCCAAGGUGAGUUAUUUGUUUUAGAAUUAAAAAUUUACCAAAACCCCUCAAUUUCUUAAAUUUCCACAAAAAAUCCUGUUAGUAUUCCCAUUUUUAUUUUCCUAGAUAUGUUCUCCAUCUAAAAUGAGAAUGAUUGCUCUGCCUAUGUACCUCAAGAUUGUUGGUAAUCAUAAAUAAAGCCAUGUGGAAAUUCUACCA